AUAUGCAAAUUCUUUCCUUGUUCAUAUCUGCCUACACAAUCUUUACAUUCAUCUUGUCCUCAAUUGCCAUAAGCACAAUUACUCCAAACCAAAGCAUAAGUGAUGGCCAAACCAUUACUUCAGAUGAUGAAGCCUUUAAAAUGGGCUUUUUCAGCCCCUCGACUAGCUCAAGAAACCGGCAUUUUGGUAUUUGGUACAACAAAAUAUCAGUCAUGACGGUUGUAUGGGUCGCCAAUAGAGAAACCCCGAUACUUGAUAAUUCAGGUGUGUUGCUACUUAAUGACAAAGGAACUCUAGUGCUUACAAAUCAUACUAAUAGAAUUAUUUGGUCAUCAAACUCGUCUAUAACACGAGGAAAUGAUCAAGUAGCACAGCUUCUAGAUACAGGGAAUCUAGUGAUUAGAGAUAAGAAUGAUGUAGAUACCGAAAAUUAUUUAUGGCAAAGUUUUGAUCACCCUGGUGAUACAUUUUUACCAAGCAUGAAGUUUGGGAAGGAUUUUGUUAGAGGUGUAGAUAAGUAUUUAACUUCAUGGAAAAGUUUUGAUGAUCCUUCUAUAGGCGAGUAUACAAAUCGAUUUGAUCCUAAUGGUUACCCGCAAAUUCUUAUGAGAAAAGGUUCUGAAGUGAGGUAUAAUUCUGGGCCUUGGAAUGGGAAGAGGUUUAGUGGUAUGCCAAAUUUAAAACCGAAUGAUAUUUAUACAUUCGGGUUUGAGUUUGAUGACAAGGAACUUUAUUAUAAAUAUGAGCUUGUUAAUAAAUCUGUUGUGUCUAGGAUGAUUCUAAGUCCAACUGGCAUGAUACAACGGUUUAUUUGGGUUGAGCGGACUAAAGAAUGGGUGCUUUAUGUGACUGGGCAGAUGGAUAACUGUGACCGGUAUGGAUUAUGUGGUCCAUAUGGUAUUUGUAACAUUAAUGAUUCCCCUGCUUGUGGGUGUUUAAGAGGGUUUGAGCCUCAAUUUCCAGAAGAGUGGACAAGGGCGGAUUGGUCAAACGGGUGUGUGAGGAAAGUUGAGUUGGACUGUGCUGGCGAUGGGUUCGUGAAGCAUUCUAAUGUGAAGUUGCCGGAUACGAGAAAGACAUGGUUUAACGAGACUAUGAAUCUCGAAGAAUGUGAGAUAGUAUGUAUGAGAAACUGUAAUUGUACAGCUUAUGCAAAUAUAGAUGUGAGGACUGGAACUGGAUGCUUAAAUUGGUUAGGUGAUCUGGUUGAUGUCAGAAUCUAUGCUGAAGGGCAAGAUAUUUAUAUAAGAAUGGCUGCCUCAGAAUUACACAGGAAAGCUAAAGCAAAGAGAAGAGUGAGAAUCAUAGUUAUUCCUAUAUCUGUGGGCGUAACUGUGCUACUCUUCAUAUGCCUGUUUGUUUACCGGAGGAGGAAGCAUAAGAAGAAAGGCUUCAACAAUGUUAUUCGUGAUAGCAACUUUGGCAUUGAGAAUGACAAGGAAGAUUGGGAAUUGCCAUUGUUUGAGUUCAACACAAUAGCCAAUGCAACUAACAACUUUUCAGAUGAUUGUAAGCUCGGCGAAGGUGGUUAUGGGCCCGUCUACAGGGGAAUGUUAGAGGAAGGGAAAGAAAUAGCCGUGAAGCGGCACUCUAAAAAAUCAAAACAAGGACUAGACGAGUUCCAAAAUGAGGUUCAAUGUAUUGCUAAACUACAGCACCGAAACCUUGUGAAGCUUUUAGGAUGUUGCAUCGAAGAAGGGGAAAGAAUGUUGAUAUAUGAAUACAUGCCCAACAAAAGCUUGAAUUCUUUCAUAUUUGAUGAAGGAAAACGGAAGUCACUAGACUGGUCAAAGCGGUACAGUAUUAUCAUUGGGAUUGCAAGGGGGCUUCUCUAUCUCCAUCAAGACUCCAGACUUAGAAUCAUUCAUAGAGAUUUAAAAGCUAGCAACAUAUUACUAGAUAAAGAUAUGAAUCCGAGAAUAUCAGAUUUCGGUUUGGCAAGAAGUAUGGAAGGAAGUAUCACUAAGGCCAAUACAAGAAGAGUAAUGGGAACUUACGGCUACAUGGCACCCGAGUAUACAAUUGAUGGAAUAUACUCCACCAAAUCUGAUGUCUUUAGCUUUGGUGUAUUAGUACUAGAGAUAAUAAGUGGAAAGAAAAACCGAGGAUUUCGUCAUGCCAAUCACGAUCUCAAUCUUCUUGGACAUGCUUGGAGGCUGUAUAAGCAGGGGAAGCAAUUGGAACUUAUAGACGGCAUUCUUAAAGGUUCCUAUGUGCAGUCUCAAGUAAACCGAGCAAUUCAUAUUGGUUUAUUGUGUGUGCAAAAGUAUCCCGAAGACAGGCCAGACAUGCCCAUGGUGGUUCUUAUGCUAGGAAGUGAAAUUCCAUUGCCGGAACCUAUACAACCGGGUUUUUAUACCGAAAGGAGGAGACCACAAGACGCAGAAUCUUCAUCCAGUAACCCUGAAUGGAGUUCAUCAAACCACUUAAGUGUCACAUAUCUUGAACCCAGAUAGUGUAUGCCCCUUCUUUUUGUGUUUAUAUAUACAUUUUCUAUAUAUAACUUUUACACAAACAGGUUCCAAGAUUAAA